CCCUGCCUUUCGUGCCCUGAGCUGCCUCCCUCUGCUCCCCAGGACAUGGCGAGCCCCACAACCUUUGCUGUGGCUGCUCUCUGGCUCCUGGUCCUGUGCGCCCACCUUGUGGGUUUGGCAGGCUCUGCAGUCAUCCCUUCUUCCUGCUGCGUGAACUUUAUGUCCAAGAAGAUCCCCGAGAGCCGAGUGGUCAGCUACCAGUUGUCCAGUGGGAGCUUGUGCCCCAAGGCAGGCGUGAUCUUCACCACCCGGAAAGGCCACAAGUUCUGUGGGAACCCCAAAGACCAGUGGGUGCGGAAGUACAUGCAGAACCUGGACUCCAAGCAGAAAAGGGGCUCCGCCAGGCCCAAGCCGCAGGGCCCCAAAGCCUCCGGCCACAGACGCCCCACCAACAUCGGCCAAGUCUAACCCUGGGCUGGCCCCACACCCUAAGGGGAAAGGCGUCAUUCUGCAUGAGCUGUGUGCUAUCUGCAGAAGACCCUGGGACCUGAACGUCGGCCACUGGCAUCGUGGGCUCCUGGCCUUGCCCGAGCCUGGGAAGAAGGUUCUGGAAGGCCCUGAGCUGGAGCUGGCCCAGCCUGCAGACUCUCUCCUGUGUGUUCCUCCUCCUGUGCCGGGCUUCUCACCACCUCGGACCCGCAGCGGGACUAGAACGGAGGUCUCAGGGUGCCCAGUUACCAACCUGGAAAGGACAUGGGGCGAGGUGUUUUGUGAUGUGGUCUGUUCCUUGCUGUGUGGGCAUGGGACAGGAGGACAGACACAUGCUCUGGCUGAGGACAGACCUCACCUCACAUUUGGGGUGAGGGGACUCCUGCUUCCCCCUAACCCCCCCCCCAUAUAUGAGCUUUGUUGUGUGGUCUGUCCU